CCCUGCUCUGACCUCUGACAGGAGCUCGCGGAUCUGCUCCCUCCCUGUACAAACACGGAAGCAGCAUGGCGUCCAACAGCAGCGGCAGCGAUAGCUCUGACAGGCAACGCAUUGCACAGCAAAGACUGAGUGUAAUUGCCGGGCAUUUACAGAGACCGGUGGAGGGUAACUCGGGCAUCCUAGCCGCGGAGUGCAAAGCCCAGGGAGACAAGCUAGAUGUCUCCAGCGAGCGGAGGACUGUGCCGAGGAGGAGACAGGAGAUUAUGAAAUGGAAUGGCUGGGGAUACAGCGAUUCAAAAUUCCUGUACAACAAGAAAGGCCAAGCAGAAUUUACUGGAAAAAGGUAUAGACUGAGCGGUAUGAUCAUCCCCGGCCUCAGAGAGUGGAUGGAAAGCACGUUCGGUGCCAAUCUGCAGCACAAAACUCCAGCAGCACCAAUUCUGAAUAGCAGUGUUGUCCAGCCUCCCACUCUAAACGAGGCCUUCUUGAAGGAGCUAAAGUCCACAGGUAUUCCCUUCUCUCAUGACGCUGAAGACCGGGUUUUUCGCUCACAUGGCCAUUGUUUACACGAGAUCUUUGCUUUGAGAGAGGGGAAAAUCGGCCGUGUUCCAGAUUUGGUGGUAUGGCCAAACUGUCACAAUGAUGUAGUGAAAAUUGUGGAGCUGGCAUGCAAACACAACGUUUGUUUGAUACCAUAUGGAGGAGGGACUAGUGUCUCUAGUGCCCUCGAGUGCCCCCCAGAGGAAACUCGUUCCAUUGUCUCGUUGGAUACCUCACAGAUGAACCGCAUUCUGUGGAUUGACGAGAAAAAUUUAACUGCCCAUGUGGAAGCUGGCAUUGUCGGUCAGGAUCUAGAGAGAUUGCUUAAUGAGAGCGGCUACUGUACAGGACAUGAGCCUGACUCCAUGGAGUUCAGCUCCCUGGGGGGCUGGGUAGCAACCAGAGCAUCAGGUAUGAAGAAGAACAUCUAUGGCAACAUUGAGGACCUGGUUGUCCACAUAAAGAUGGUUACCCCACGAGGUGUGAUUGAAAAGAGUUGUCAGGGACCUCGCAUGUCCACAGGGCCGGAUGUUCACCACUUCAUCAUGGGCUCAGAAGGAACCCUGGGCGUGGUUACCGAGGUUACAAUGAAGAUUCGUCCCAUGCCGGAGUACCAAAAAUACGGCUCUGUGGUGUUCCCUAAUUUCGAGAUGGGAGUUGCCUGUCUUCGAGAGGUUGCCAGACAGAGGUGUGCCCCAGCUUCUAUACGACUCAUGGAUAAUGAACAAUUUAAAUUUGGUCAUGCCCUGAAGCCUCAAGUAUCUUCAAUUUUCACUUCCUUUUUGGACGGGUUGAAGAAAUUUUACAUCACCAAGUUCAAAGGGUUUGACCCCAACCGCUUGUGUGUGGCCACCCUGCUGUUUGAGGGUGACCGCGAGAAGGUCCUGCAGCAUGAAAAGCAGGUUUAUGACAUCGCUGCAAAAUUUGGGGGCCUGGCAGCUGGAGAGGACAAUGGGCAGAGGGGCUACAUGUUGACCUUUGUCAUCGCUUACCUCCGGGACUUGGGAAUGGACUACUAUGUGAUUGGCGAGUCCUUUGAAACCUCUAUGCCUUGGGACAGGGUUUUGGACAUUUGCAGAAAUGUAAAAGCGCGCAUCGUGCGAGAGUGUAAAGACAAAGGAGUUCAGUUUCCACCAUUAUCCACAUGCAGGGUGACUCAGACGUAUGAUGCCGGUGCCUGUGUCUACUUUUACUUUGCCUUCAACUACAGAGGACUCAGUGAUCCAGUGCACGUGUAUGAACAAGUGGAGCAUGCAGCUAGAGAGGAGAUCCUUGCCAAUGGAGGGAGCUUGUCACAUCACCAUGGAGUGGGGAAACUUCGGAAGGAGUGGAUGAGAGAGACCAUCUCCAGCGUCGGCAUGGGGAUGCUCAAGUCUGUCAAGGACUACGUGGACCCAAAUAACAUCUUCGGCAACAGAAACCUCCUCUAAUUGAACACUUCUGUCCAUCUUCAGCUAACCUUUUUGUUUUGUUUUCUAAAAGCAUCUUGUGCAUUUUUGAUUAAUAGAUACUAAAUGUGAAUUCAAAACGGACACAGAUCUUUGUCUUCUCCAUCAAAAGUGUCAUUCGGUGCCAUUUAACGAUUCACCCAGGCUUUUUCUUGCUUUGACUUUGUAUUGCACUUAAUCUGCUGUAACAAUCAUUGUCGUCCAUGUUGAAGCUCAUUUUUACUCGUGUCACGGUCUCAUCCUUCUAAGCCACAACUGUGAUGCAACAAAAACCUUCUAUUUUCAUCACAUUUUCUUUUGUUAAACUGCUAAAAAAUCCUUGCCAACAUUAGCAGAAACAAUUUGUCUACAUGAUCCUGUCGUGUGUGUGUGUGUGUGUGUGUGUGUGUGUGUGUGUGUGUGUGUGUGUGGGUGUGUGUGUGUGAGAGAGAGAGAGAGAGAGUGUGUGAGAGAGAGAGUGUGUGUGAGUGUAUGCAAUUGAGUGAUUGGCAUUUCUUUAGUCCUAACUUUCAGCUCAAUGCGCUUUCUGAAGCUCUGUGCCUUUCUAAAGCUUUUGUCUGCCUACCCUUCUACUACACGUGUGUACAUUGAAGUCCCUUUGUGAAGGACAACAGACUUGGACAUGAAGGUCAUCUGUGUCUCCUGUUCAUCUUUUCAUGCCCUCCUCCCUUCUGUUGUACUGACCAAUUGCCAUAGACUUGUUUCUUGUGUAUGCGUGUGUGUGUGUGUACCACUGGUGAUGAACUUUUUCGAGUUAAAUGGGACCUAUUAUGUUCAUAUCUAGCCCCACCUUUCUAUUCUUGGACUCUGCUCGAGUAGCUUGGCAUGAUUCACAGGUCACAAUGAUCGUUAUUUAUCUUCUGCUGGACCUUUGCGUAGCCCCUUCAGUUCAUCUCAGCUAGCUCUCUUCUAAUUGGCUGACAGACACAAACAGUGGUGUUCAGCAGCAGGUGGGUGGGGUUGAUGUUAUGUCAAUAUUAACCACAAUAAUACAACCAUAACAGAAAAUGAUGAAAAAACAUAAUGGGUCCCCUCGAGUCUUUGUUCUGCACCACCAAAAUUUCCCCACCCUUAGAUGAACAGUAUGAGGAUGAAGACGGAUGAUUCCCAGUGUGUUUAGUGUUUGCACUGAAGGCAUUAACCUUGCAUGGUUUGUUGAUGAGAGAGUGGGGGGAGGGGAAAAAAGCCAUUUCCAUCAUGACCACGUUUGCAGUGUAGGGCCUCUGGAUUCUGGUGCUCACGUUGUACCAAAGACUCAACUCAUCAGAUCAUGCGGGCAUACUGUACAUGCGUUUAAUGUUAUGGCAACUUACUGCAAAGUUAAACUGUAUUUUUUAAUUAGCAUAUGCAAAGAUAACCAUCUGAAGAGCUCUAAAAUGUAAAUAUGUGUGACUGUUACACCUGCUAAAACUUUGUAUUAAACAUGUUUCAAACACCUUUUUUUUUUCUUCCUGCCAUGUAGUUGUAUCAUUUGUGUUUACCCCAAAAUUCUUCAGCUCGUCAAACAGUUGAAUAGUGUAUUGUGUGAAAGGUUUUUUGGAUCGGCUCCUGUAAUGUACUACAUUUUGAUACUGGACUUUUGGGUCUCAUGUUGAAGUAAGGUCUACCUUUCCAUUGUUAACUAUUUGUCAUGUUUUCCAGGAUCCCCAUGUGCUUUAAGGUCAAAAGAAAUCCCCCAAAAGUAAAAAGAUUUGUUCAGGACCCAACCCCCCUCCCCUUAACUCUUAUCUGACCUUCUACCCUCUUGUGUCAAAAAUAUGCGAGAGCUUGUUUUUGAAUGUUAUGGCUGUACCCUUUUUGGUCAAUUUUUCCACUUCUCUUAACAACAUAGUAACUUCUAAGUAUGUUUUGUCAAUGCUGUUUGUGCAAUAAAUUAAAGUAAAACUUC